AUGGCGUCAUCAGAUACUGUUGCUAAUAUUGUUCCAAAUGGCAAAACUAUUAUCCAGUCAGAAUGCAUCAUUCGUGGAGACCUUGCAAAUGUUAGAGUAGGUCGACAUUGUGUUGUUGGUAGACGAGCAGUUAUUCGACCUCCUUUUAAGAAGUUUAGUAAAGGUGUUGCUUUUUUUCCCUUGCAUAUUGGAGACCAUGUCUUUAUUGAUGAAGGAACAGUAGUCAAUGCUGCCCAUGUUGGCUCCUUCGUAUACAUAGGGAAAAACUGUGUUAUUGGACGUCGAUGUGUUCUGAAAGACUGUUGUUAUGUUGCCGACAACACUGUUCUACCUCCAGAAACGGUGGUUCCAACAUUUUCCACGUACUCUGGUUCACCAGGUUUGUUUUCUGGUGAACUUCCUGAAUGUACCCAGGAUCUCAUGGUUGACUAUACUAAAGGCUACUACCAACACUUCCGACCAGUACUGCCUACUUAAAAUGGAAAAUUCAAUAAUGAGUUUCAUUUCUGCUAAAAAUAGUUAUCAUUUACAAUAUUAUAAAUGUAAUAAUAUAUAAUAAGUAAAAACUUUGGUUUUCAACUUUAUUGAAACCAAGUCAUGAUGGUAUUUGCUAUUUAUGAUCAGUAUAUAAUCCUGUUUUUUUGUGCAUUUUUUGUUUUUUACAGAAACAAUUCUCUGCAGCUCUUUUUUUUUUCAAUUAUAAAGCAAACUGUAACCUUACAAGCACAAUAUCAAAAAAACACAUAGGCUCAAGAAGUCUUGAUACAAGAUGAUAAAAACCCUAUAAGCCGAGUGCUUUCGAAAGCACUUGGGCUAUAGAGUUUUUAUCAUCUAGUAAUCUUGCAAGAGUACCAAAUGUUAUACAUUAAUUGUAAACAACAGCCCUUUUAUGAUUAGUCUGUCUGAUAUGAUAUUUAAUCAAUCAUAUAUACCUACUUGGUAAAAAUUAAGAUGAAUUUGUAUCAUUGACUGAAAGUGCCCUUUAUGUUAAUAAAUCAUCAUAUGGAAGGAACUGUCAUGGUUUAUAUCUGUCAUGCAUAUCCACAAAGCUUGUCAUUAAAACAUUUGCUAUACUGUAGUCUACUUUAAGAAAAGUUUAUUUUAAAUAAAAGUUGUUCUUGAACAAUCACUAUAUUGCAAACCUAUAUUUAUGUUUUAACAUUUUUCCAUAGUACAUUUCUCAUAAAAAAUUUAUGCAAUGAUUUUUCCACAGGAUCCUGUCAUUUGUGUAUGUUAUAAAUAUGUAUUAUGUAGAAAACUACAUAUAUAUUAAUAUUCAUGCAUUUUGAGAACAAGAAUUUAAUAACUUAGUUUUUUUAGGAUUUGCCUUAAAUUAAAAGUUGUGUUAUUUUUGCUAUAUUUGUUCUUUAGAUCCAAGACUAUUAUUUCCUCGUGACUGAUGUAGUAAGGGUUGAAAGAUGACAUUUGAUUUUUAACAUAUUAGAUUUGUCCAAUAAUUUUAAGGUAGUUUAGCUUUCAAGAAAGUAUGGUUAUGCCAGGGUUGCUGCAUUUGCUUUUUAAAUAUUCUAAACAGUUUAUAACCAAUUGGUAUUUUGUUUAAGAUGAGUUUUCCACUCAUUUCGUACAAUAAUUUAAUAAUAAUUAAAUUGUACCUAAAAGCUAUGCUCGAUGUGAAUACAAGACACAAGUACAAUAUA